UUAAGCAUGGCUGAGGCCCCACCAUACGUCAUGCGCUAAGGCCGCCUUGGCGGGCAGAACCUCUAAAUCGCGACUGGGCGCAGAACUUGUCCAUCAUUAUUCAUCAACAGACAUGAACCACGAGGACGACGAUCAAAACUGGAAGUCACGAGCCCUUGCCGCCGCAGUCUACAGUUACGAAAAGCCCGAAACGAAGAGCGAGGGAUGCGUUAUAUGUCUGCGGGAUGAGGUGGUCGAUCCCUGUACCGUGCAGCCAUGUGGUCACAGAUUGGGAUGCUGGGAAUGCGUGCUGAAGGGGAUUAACCUCUUGGGGCACUGCUGGCUAUGCCGCACGAAGGUUCUAAGUCUAAUUUGCGAGCGGACAGGCGAGGUCGUCCCCAGUGAUCAUCUCGGACGCGAAAGCCAGAAUGCAGCACCUGACCACGACGUGCCAGCAGAGGCCAUCGCGAUCACGACGAACCUCGAGCGACAGCAGAUUGAGCAACGUCAAGCAGUCUACCGCCAUGCCAUGUACUCAAAGCACAUAGGCUCGACCCGUCGUACGGGAUAUCGUGAAUUGACGCCGCAAGAUUUCCUUCGCGACCCGUCUCUCGUUUCCCGCGCGCGCAUGUUUAUCCGCCGCGAGUUGCAUGUGUUCACCUUGCAGCAGCCUUCAAGAAGCAUAUGCAGAGCGGCGAGGGCAAACAUGGCGCGACGGCGGGCGCAGAAUGCCGAAUUCUUACUCGAGUACAUCAUUGCGAUCCUCAAGACAGUCGACAUGAUGGGCUGGGCUGGCGAGGCUGAGAAAAUGAUUGGCGAGUAUCUGGGCCGUCAGCAUGCGAAGCUCUUUCUGCAUGAGCUGCGUUCGUGGCUCAGAAGCCCAUAUCAGCGACUUGAUGAGUGGGACGCGGUCGUGCAGUAUGCUCGACACGCACCCGAAGAAGUCUCACGCAAAGAGGCGCUUGGCGAGGACGCUGAAGAGGUCCCUUUCGGUGCAGAUGGGGACGGAAAGCCAUAUGUGUCAAGACGUGCGCGUGAGGGUGACUGCUAUCGUCCUCGAUACAGCGACAGGAAGGCUGGUCGGCCUGGCCGUUCCAAAUGAUCUGACUGACCUGGAGAACUACAAUACCAUUUAUGACUGCGUACGAUAGACGAUGAGAUACCCUGAAAAUAAUUAAACCUUCUUCUGCCUCACAUGCCUACAGGUAGUCAAG